ACGUCAGCCAUGGAGGAGAAGAUCAGAGAAAUGCAAAACUUCUUUGGUCUGACAGAGACGGGACACCUGGACCCUCAUACACUGGAUGUGAUGAGGGAGCCGAGGUGAGGUGUUCCAGAUGUGGAAAACUUCAGCUUUUACCCUGAAAAGCCUAAAUGGAAGAACCACACCAUCACAUACAUGAUUGCUAAAUACACUCCAGACAUGAAGAAUGGGGAUGUGGCAAAGUCCUUUUGUUCAGCCCUGAAGAUGUGGAUCGAUGCAGCACCACUGAGGUUCAUAAAAGUCAGCCAUGGCAAAGCUGAUAUAGUCUUCUCCUUCGCCCGCAGAACUCAUGGAGAUUUCUCUCCGUUUGAUGGACCCCGGGGUGAGCUGGCUCACGCCUUUCAGCCUGGAGAGGGGAUGGAAGGAGACGUGCACUUUGAUGAGGAUGAAACAUGGACGGCAGGGGGGCAAGGUUACAGCUUGUUUGCUGUUGCAGCUCAUGAGUUCGGCCACUCACUGGGUUUGACUCACUCCAAGGACCCCUCUGCUAUCAUGUACCCCAAUUACAGGCAUCACAGCAGUACACAGUACUCUCUAUCCAGAGAUGAUGUGCUUGGGAUCCAAAAGUCCAGGUACAUGUGGAUGAGAACAACAGGGACAUCCUGUUGGAGUCGCCUGAGAGAGGGCCGCAGCGGCACAUAUUUACCAAGCAUCAGUUCUCAUGUUGAUGCCGCUUAUGACAUCCCUGCCAAAGGCGUGGCGUACAUAUUCACUGGUCAUAAGUACUGGGUGGUUCAACAGCUUGAGAUGAGAAGUUGUGCCGGCUCCAUCUACGAGUACGGCUUCUCCUCCAGAAUCAGGCAGGUCGACGCUGCCGUGCAUGUCAGUGAAUAUGGGAAAACAGUUUUCUUCACAGGAGAUUUUUAUUACAGGUAUGAUGAACGCAAGAGACGGAUGGACCCGGGCUUCCCCAGACUCAUCCAGACAGACUGGCCUGGAAUCCCGAAGAGGGUCAACGCCGCCUUUAAGUUGCAUGCUGCACCUACUGUUGCUCCAACGGUUUCACCAGAGGACGAAGACCUGGCUCAGGGAUAUCUUUCUCAGUUCUAUGGUGAUGUUGGGAUGACAAACUCCUCAAUGCGAAGCAUCACCAAUGACUCCUUCAACCAGGACCUGCAGGCCAUGCAAGCUUUCUUUGGCCUGGAGGUGACUGGCGUCUUGAAUAAAGAGACUGUGGAGGUGAUGAAAGCCCCGAGGUGUGGUGUGUCAGACAUCAGCCGAUAUGGACACUUCUUUGGAAAACCCAAAUGGAGGAAAAGGCUAAUUACAUACAGGAUCACUCAGUACACUCCAGAUCUGACCCAGAGUCAGGCUGAUGCAACCAUUGCUAAGGCUUUCCAGCUCUACAGUGAUGUCAUCCCACUGGACUUCAAACAGGUCUACACCGGCUCUGCGGACAUCAUGAUCCUCUUCAAGGGCGGAUAUCAUGGAGACUUUUACCCUUUUGACGGAUCGGGUGGAGUCUUGGCUCAUGCUAACUCUCCUGGACAAGGUCAGGGAGGGGACACACAUUUUGACGAUGAUGAAACCUGGACUCUUACCCAAAGAGGUGUGAAUCUGCUGUUGGUGGCGGCCCAUGAGUUCGGCCACGCUCUGGGCCUGGAUCACUCCAGGGACAGACGCGCGCUGAUGUACCCCACAUAUCAAUACGUCAACACAAACGGGUACAGGCUACCAGACGAUGACAGGCGAGGGGUUCAAGCCCUUUAUGGAAGCCGUUCAUCAGUGCCCACACCAGCACCAAAACCAAAACCACGUCCAGAGCCUGAACCAGAGCCUGAACCAGAGCCUGAACCAGAGCCAGAGGACCCAACGGAAAAACCAAACCCCCGAAAUGAGCAGUGCAACCGCGGGCUGGUGUUUGACGCUGCUACCUCCAUCCGGGGAGAUCUGUUCUUCUUUAAAAAUGGAUACUACUGGAGAAAAAGUUCAACCAUCCAAGGAAUCUCUUUGACUAGAGUGAACGCAAAAUGGUCUAGGAUCAAUUAUGUUGAUGCUGCCUUUGAAGUCCCACACAGGGAUGUGGUGUAUCUGUUUGAAGGUAAUCAAUACUGGGGCAUAAAGGCUUAUGCAAAGACAAUAAUGUCAGGGUAUCCAAAGUCUAUCACCCACCUCGGCCUCCCCUCCUCGGUCAGUAAGGUUGAUGCAGCUGUUUAUGUGCCAACAACGAGAAAAACACUCAUUUUUGUGAAUAGCCAGUAUUGGAGCUACGAUGAGAGCAGAAACCAAAUGGACUAUGGAUACCCAAGAUAUAUCACGUGGGAUUUCCCUGGCAUCGGCUCCAAAGUAGAUGCAGCCUUUGAGAAUCUUGAAAGAGAGCUGAGCUUGUCCUUGUCUCCUAUGGAGUCACUCAACACGUUUGAAUCUGAGAUGGAGGCUGAUGGACAGGGGAACUACUCUCUGUUUCCUGCUCUGGACAGCAUUGCAAGUCUGUCUGGGACUGCAGAAACACUGGAGAGGUUGUACAAAAUAAUUGAAAUUGCAGAGAAACCAAACCUCACAUGGCUCGAUGCUGCACAGAUCGUCUUGGAGGAGGCAGGACGUCCCAUGCACAUAAAGGAGAUUAAACAGAGAAUCAUCGACAGGGGACUUGUUCAAUCCAAUGCAAAAUCGAGUCUGGAGGCUGUCAUGUACCGUGAGACCGAUGAGGAGCGGCAGCAGGCCCUGCAGGCCUUCACUGCCCAGUCUUUCCUCAGCUCUCCGCAGCAGAACACCAUCAGCGGUUCUGGCUCAGGGGCCUCGGCAGCUGCCUUCCCAUCCCCCACCGGUUCCUCAGAGCAUAAGGCCAAGAUGAAGAGAGGUUCACGAAAAAAUCAGAAUGAGAAGUACCGACUCAAGUACCUCAGGCUGCGCAAAGCAGCCCGUGCAAUGAUAUUUGAGAAUGCAGCUCUCUGUGAUGAGGUCGCUCACUUAGAAGAGAAGUUUCUGAGAGCAAAGGAGGAGCGAAGGUUUUUACUGAAGUCGUUGUUGCAGUACCAGUCGUUGUCAGAGGGGGAAAUACUACCUACACCCACCUCUAGCUCUCAUCCACCUGUGCCGCCUGUGGCAUUAACCUCAGGCCCUGCAGGGGCUUCAGGCCUGUCUGGGGGGCAUAACAUGGCGUCAGUGGUGUCGACAGGGGAAGAGGGACCUCUUAAGAAACCAAAGAAGGAAAGGAAAGAGCGAGGAAGGGAGAAUGGAAAGGAGGAGAUGCCAAAGAAGAUGUCUAAGAAGAGAAAGCUAGCAGACGGGUCUCGGAAGCUGGUGCAGCCCAUCCCUCUGGACUCAUCUGGUCGUCCCGUCUUUCCCAUCGUACUGGGAGGUUUAACGAUCUACAGUCUGGGAGAGAUAAUCACAGACAGAAUGUUGUUCCAUGACGAGUGUGCCAUCUACCCAGUGGGCUUCUGCAGCACACGAGUCUUUGCCAGCAUGAAAAACCCUGACCAGCAGUGCCUCUACACCUGCCAAAUCAAGGAUGGAGGAACAGGUCCACAGUUUGAGAUUGUGCCUGAAGAAGAUCCUCAAAACGCCAUCGUGGCCUCCUCUGCCCUGACGUGCCACUCCAACCUACUGAAGGCCAUCGCAUCUGUCAGUUCCAAGUCAGUGGCGCCCAUCGUGCCUUCAGGAGCAGACUUCUUUGGCUUCUCUCACCCCACCAUCCAGAAUCUCAUCCAGAGUUGUCCAGGAGCACGUAAAUGUACCAACUACAGAUGGAUUCGUUUUGAGGUGUGUCGCCCUGGUGACGGCCAGGUUCCUCACAGCCUAUCGGAGGACGAUGCCUCUGUCAACUUUGAGGCCUACCAGAGACACCAGGGCUUUGAUGAGAACAUCAAGACGGAGCACAUCACAGGACAGACACCGCAGUCUCCUAGCUCCUCUCAUCAGCAUCACCUGACCUCCCCCAACAUGAAGCCCUCUACGUCAUACUUCAGCCCCUGAUUCUGACAGCACUGGUGAAAUCAAAGCCUCACCUGAUCCUAAUCCUUGUUAACGGUCUUAUUUACAAGGCAUCAAAUUUUUCCUGGUUAAAUUAUUCUUGAAAUGGUGGCAUAACAACUCAAAUUUAUGCUAUUUAUUAUAUGUCAUCUUCCUAACCAGCCCCAGACAGCAUCACUGCGGAUGAGUGCUAGCAUGGUUGAUGAUAUGCUGAAUGUGGUAGAUGAAUUAGAUCUGUGCUUAACAUGCUAACCCAACACCACUAUAUUGAAAAUUACAUUCUUUACUGUAUGUAUAAGCGAGUCCUACUUGACAAUAUAUUUAAGAUGUAAAUUGUAUGAGCUUGUUUUUCCACUAGUUGGGGAUUACACAGGAAAAACAGAAUAAGGUUAGUAUGCGCUCCAUGUACACAUUUUGGUGGAUGGCACACUAUUGCAUUGGUAUUUAACUGUUGGUACCCUAUUUAAAGUUUCACAAUUGAAAAAAAAUUCUAUAUCAUGUUUGGAUGAAUCAAUAAUUUCAUUGCAUUUCAUUCAGUUUUUCUGUUUUACCAAUGCAAAAGCUCUGGCUUUGAAUGUAAACAUCCACAAAAACUUAUUUGCUGAUUUGUCAUUUAUUUGUGUCAAAUGUCAAAAGGACUUAUUUGAAUCAGAGUUUUGAUAAAAUAAAAAUACAUCCGUCACACUUUUCUACAUUCAUACAA